UAAAAGUGACCCGCUAGAUUGGAAUGAACCCAUCAAAAAGAUGGAACCACUAGAUGUAUCCCCGAAACAAUGCCCCGUUCAGUCUCCCGAUUGGCCGGGGAAAGCUAUUGAACCCAACAGACAAGCUGCCGAACAUCAGGAUCGCCCUAAGAUUCCGUUUUGUGGCUUUCAGUCAAGUCUCCCGCAGCGAAUUUUGUGAGCGUUUCUCCUUUCUUCGGUUGCUGUGUCGCGGACUAUCGGAAUCUAGUCGGCCGGUCUUGAUUGGUCUCUUAACUCUCCGAUCGUUCACGCGGAUGGAUCCCCGUCCACCCUGGGCAAAAGUACGUACUUUUGUCCUUCCUCUGAUUGAGGGACAUCCGGGAAUUGGGCAGCGAUCCAUCGUGGGGUUGGUCCACGAUAAUAUGUUUGUUAUCUUCCUGGUGACUAUGAACAAGGUUUUUCUCUCGGAGAUGGGAGGAGCAGGGAAUAUCAAAAGCCAAGUUCGAUCAGAAAUAUUUCUUGCUGGGCCUAGAAGCUGUCAAAAGAAAAAGCAAUUGCUGCUGUCCUGACAUGAGAGACAACUUCUAUCCAGCAGGGGUUCCUC